CUCUGAGAAGUGCCGCUGUGCGGUGGGCAGCAUUCUGAGUGAAGCACCUAGCCAUGUGGUGAUGGCCACCUUCCCCUACACCACACCCCUGUCCAUCUGGCUGGCUACCCGCCGUGUCCAUCCUGCCCUGGACGCCUACAUCAAGGAGCGGAAGUUGUGUGCCCACCCACGGCUGGAGAUCUACCAGCAAGACCAGAUCUAUUUCAUGUGCCCACUGGCACGGCAGGGAGACUUCUAUGUGCCUGAGGUGAAGGAGACAGAACGGAAAUUCCGGGGCCCUGCAGAGGCCAAUGAUGCCCAGGUGGAUGGCACAGGAACUGACACGAUGAGUGACACAAGUUCUGUAAGCCUGGAGGUGGGUCCUGGCAGCCGGGAGACUUCAGCUGCCACACUGUCCCCUGGGGUGAGCAGCCGUGGCUGGGAUGAUGGUGACACCCGCAGUGAGCACAGCUACAGCGAGUCGGGUGCCAGCGGCUCCUCCUUUGAGGAGCUGGACCUGGAGGGCGAGGGACCCCUUGGGGAGGCAAGGGUCGGCCCUGAGGCUGAACCCCUUGGGGUUGCCAAGUGGCCCCGGGAGCCCAGUACCCCUGAGAAGGGCGAGGAGUAACCCACAGCCUGCACCUUCCUGUGGUGCAGUUGCUAAGGAACUGAGCAGCCUCUUCAGUCCUCUUCUUCCUCCACCUCCCGGGCUCAGGCUGGGGCCAGGGGUCUCAAGCGGACCUGACUUCUACUGCCCUGGGCCUCUGGCUAAGCCUUCUCCUCACUGCCCUCUCAGCUCCCAGAGCCAAAGGAGCCGGGACCGUUGGCACCGAGCCCCCGCGGCUGCCACCCCUGUUACAUCUUUUUUUCAGAUUCACAUUGGAGCUUCCAGGACCCAGAAUAAAGCAAAUGCUUUUCUUUGUUUUA